CUUACACUUGUCUAAUUCAGAAUGAACAGAGCAGUGUGGGCGUGGAUGCUGAUUGUGCUGCACGGUGUGGCUGCAGGUCAUGUACCAAAGAAACACGGCGUGGUUGAACCGUCAUGCAAACCCAAACAGAUGACGGCCCUUACCAGGAGCCAAGUGGAGGCCAGUUUGACCAGCUUUGAUGCAGCCAAUGGGAAGCACCUGGGUACGUGGUCUCCAGGUUUCCCUCUGCUCCACCUGGACCAGAACACCCCUCUGGUGGGUGCAGACGUCCAGUGCAGCCUCCUCUUCAUGUCCCAGGGUGUGGAGGCCAUCCUGGUGGACCAGCGGGACAAUCUGAAUCCCGACGACGUCUCACUUCACAAGACGCUGAGUCACACCGUCUCCAGAAUCGGCCUGCUGGAAGCCUGCGUGAAGAGCAUCCUCGGAGGGACGUGCGCCGCUCCGCCUCCCCCUCCUCACAUGCCCAAGCCGGUGUUUGAGAGGAAGCAGUGGAGUCACACCCUCCUGAAGGAAGCCAGGGAAUAUCUGGUCAGGCUGGAGCGUAAGAUAGGAGCCCAUAUUUUCAAGGUCAAAGGGUCAAUAAAGCAGAGAAUAAAACACAUGCUUACAAUGAAAAAGUAUCACAAAUACCUGGAGGGAAGUGGAUACCUCCUGUAACACCCCAAACCAGCUGUUCUCACUGCUAACUAUAGUUUUUGUUUAACUCUUGCAUUUUUUCGAGCCUACAACUGCAUUUUAAAACUUAUUUCUCACUUAUAAUUUGCAUCACAAGUCCAAGCAUUUAUUUUUAUCUUGCAGUUUAACAAAAAUAGGACCAGUGUCCCUGUAUCUGAUCAGCAAGUUCUAACAAAAAUCAAUAACAACAUGAAUUUACGAGGUGGUCAUGCUCUGGCGCUAUGUUAAAGUCUGUGGUCUGGAUGCAGGCGAACAAUCUCCCAAUAGAAAUGGGUGGUACUUUCACUGGAGGAGAACUCAGCUAAUUCAAUCAAAGUCCAUAUAUGACCUCCUAUCAGUGAUCAAUUGUAACUAUAUAGAUAUCUGUAACCUCUGUAAUUUACAUGGUAUAAGCCAUUAAAACAUGGCCCAUUAUAAAUAAAGGCAAAUGUUUAAUAACAAAAUUUUAAUAAUAGAAAUAAUAAUAAUAAUAGAAAUAAUAAUAAUAGAAAUAAUAGAAAUAAUGA